CCGGAAGAAUCCAAACUUCAUCUGCCUUCGCUUUGCUUGAACCAACGACUUCUAUUGUCCAUUUCCAAGAUACUAAUUCCGCUCAAAAAGUCCCUAUCCCCUUUCGCUGCUUCCAUCCUUCCCGGCAAAAUACUCGCUUUACCUCUACUUCUUGUCUAACCUCUCAAUUUACCUCUGUCUCACCAUCACGAUUACGAUUCUGCCACGAUCCUUCUCCUCAUUCCCCCCUCUCUACACUGUGCUCUUUUAAAUUUCCGCUCGCCUCCCGCCUUCUUUGUUUUCGUAUUGUUCGAUUCUGCAUCGCUCGGUCUGUUACUUGCAUUGCUCUAGCGUCGGGUCUGUGUUCUUUGUUUUUCCCUCGCUAUAUCGACGAUUGUACGGUUCAACGGCUCCGGAUUUUUUUUCUCUUGUACCACCCGAUGAUAGCUCCCUCUUGAGCCGCCUCAAGUCACUUCCUGCCCCCAAUGGAGAACGCAAACCUAUGGACUCGUCGAUCCAACUCCUCCAAGUUGUCUCUGUCUAUGACGGGGACUGAUAACAAAGAGAGUGGCGCCAACCUUUCCCGCACAUCGAAGCGUUUCGGUCCCGACAGUUCCCACGGCGGCCGAUCCAAUCCCUUCAAUGCCCUCUCCCCGCUCUCUGCUGGCGUGUCCUCGCCCUCGACGAAUGCCUCGUCCGCAUUCGGCCUCGGCUCAGGUGCCUUUGCAUCCUUCGGGGCUCCAAAGACACCUGGAGGCACAUCCGACUUGAAGACUCCUGGCGAGAAGCGGGACAAUCCAGCGGACCGGGUCACAGUAACCGCGGAGGGUAUCAAGUCGAAGAUCUCCGUGCCGUCACUUAGGGAGGAGCAUCCUUUGCGGUCCACCUGGAUCAUCUGGUACCGCCCGCCCACACCCAAGUACUCCGAUUACGAAAAGUCCACCGCACCUCUCGCGUCGAUCUCGUCCGUGGAGAGUUUCUGGUCGAUAUACUCGCAUCUUAAGAGGCCCUCCCUCCUCCCUACCGUAUCCGACUAUCAUAUCUUCAAGAAGGGAAUUCGUCCUGUAUGGGAAGACGAGGCUAAUAAGAAAGGUGGGAAGUGGGUGGUGAGGUUGAAGAAGGGCGUCGCAGACCGCUAUUGGGAGGAUCUCCUCUUGGCCAUGGUCGGUGACCAAUUUGCAGAGGCCAGUGAUGAGGUCUGCGGUGCGGUCCUUAGCGUUCGGAGUGGGGAGGACGUUCUGAGCGUUUGGACUCGGAUCGACGGAGGGCGGAACAUUAAGAUCAGAGAAACCAUCAAACGCCUCCUCGCAUUCCCCGCAGACACAAACAUUGUAUGGAAGAGCCACGACGACAGCAUCGCUCAACGGUCCGCCAUCGACCAAGCCCGCCAGGAAAAAGCAGCUCACCACCACAACCAAAACCACCAUCACAAUGCCAACCCCAACAACCACCACACUCACCCCAACCAACAUCACCAAUUCAGCGCAGACCGCCGAAGGCCCACAACAACGGACGACUCGCCAACGGGAUUAGGCGAUAAAGGAAAAGGACCAGCAUCUUGAUGCGGACAUGAUGAAUGACCCUCCAUGACAUGCUUUUCUUCUUCUUUUUUUACGCUUAUUUUAUCUUCGAAUCCAGGUUCCGUAGGGUUGGUUAGGUUGCUUGGCUUAUGUUGGCUUACGUUGGUCGGGCUAGGUUUAUGAUUGAUCGAUUUGACUGAUUCGACUGGCUGAUUGAUUAACUUCUUGACUGAUUGAUUAAUCGUGUACUGUACAGUAACUAUUUAAGGAGAAAGGAAAGCGAAAAGGAAAAACAACACAAUAUCAGUGGACUACUACUACUACUACUACUAC